AUGCCUGUCUUCAUGUACAGAUCGUCGUCCGAAGCCCAGGCGGAGGAGAAGUGGUCAGAGGCGGCAGACGCGGCAGGCGAAUCGGCAGCCAAGGCCGGCCAGUCCGCCGCCAAGGGCGGAGACGCGGCUAAGAAGCAAGCAGAAGCCGGAGCAAGCGCCGCAUCUGACGUCGUUUCAAGCGCAUGGGAAAAACUCAAGGAGGCAGCCACCGGGGCGGCUUCCGCUGGCCGCGCAGGUGCGGAGCAGUUGGGGGAGGCGGGCGCGGAAGCACAGCGCCGUGCGGGGGAGACUGGUGCGCAGCUGGGGGAGCGUGCGGGAGAAACGGGCGCGCAAGCGCAGCGGCGCGCGGAGGAGUACGCGGACUCUAUGGCGGAAGGCGCGGGGGCGACGCUCGAGGGGACCAAGGCAGGAGGUCAGCGCGCCGCGGAAGAGGCGGGGAAAGCGGGCUGGGGCGUCUACGACCGCGUGCGGUCCGUGGCGGACCGGUUUCAGCAAGCCGCGGGGCAGGGCAUGGGCGUGGGAUGGGACAUCGUGGGGCAAACGCGCGACACUGCCGCUUCCGCCGGCGCAGAGGCGGGGGAGCGCGCAAAGGCCGGCGCAACAGCCGCGGAGGAAACCGCUGAAGGCCUCACGCAACGGACUGGCGAACGCGCCGCUGAUGUGGCGUCGACGGUGGAGGCUGGAUGCGAGGCUGCGGAGGAGGGCGCAGGACGCGCGGCUGGCGCGGCCGCGGGAGAGUUCGCUGCGGGGUCGGUGAAGCAGGCGGGCCCAGGCGCAUAUAGCGCGGGGAAAGGCGUGUACGACACCGCGGCUGGCGCAGCGGGCCGCGUAGGGGAGGGCGUUUCUGGGGCGGGUCAAUUCGCCGCCGACCAGGCCAAGUCGGUGGGGUCGAAGGCAUAUGAUACCGUGUCUCGCGCUGCGGCGGCUAUUCCGGGCCCCGCCGACUUCCAGCGCGCGGGGAAGGCGAUGAUGGAAUGGUCACUGCGGCUUGUGGCGCAGCGGAAGGAUGAGGCGGAAGAUGCUGCGCGGAAGGCGCAGGAAGCGGCGGAGAAGGGCUCAGGGAAGAGCGCGGAUUGGCUGAAGAAGCUGGCGGAAGCCGCGAGCUCGCGUUACGAGGCGGUGAAAGAGGCGCUGAGCUUCGCGACGGGGGAGGUGGGAGAGCUACGGAGGCCUGGUGGAGCGGAAGAGGGGGAAGAUGUGCUGCGCGAUAUGUAUAGCAGGGCGGAAGCUUCCAUGCAUGAGCUGUGGAAUGCGGCGAACGACGCGACUGAAACCGCGAAAACGAAGAGCGGCGAUCAGGCCGAAGCUGUGAAGAAGGAAGCGUGGAGGAGGUACGAGGAGGCGAAGAAAGGGUUUGAGCAGAUUCAGACGCAGUUUGGGAACGUGUUUGAGAAAAUGGGGAUGAAGGGAGAGAAGGGUGAAGGGAAGGCGGAGAAGAUUCGGGAGCGCGUGGCGCAUCCUUCGCCUGGCAACGCGCUUCGUGUGGAGCUGUGA